UCUCGAGGCAUGGGCGACUGGAGCUUCCUGGGCCGGCUGCUGGAGAAUGCCCAGGAGCAUUCCACGGUCAUCGGGAAGGUGUGGCUCACUGUGCUCUUCAUUUUCCGCAUCCUGGUGCUGGGGGCGGCAGCAGAGGAUGUGUGGGGAGAUGAGCAGUCUGACUUCACCUGUAACACCCAGCAGCCCGGCUGUGAGAAUGUGUGCUACGACCAGGCCUUCCCGAUCUCCCAUCUGCGCUUCUGGGUGCUACAGAUUGUCUUUGUGUCCACACCCACCCUCAUCUACCUGGGCCACGUGCUGCACCUGGUCAGGCUGGAGGAGGACCACCGGGAGCGGGGGGAGCACCUGCACAACGCCACCAGGUGCGUAGAGGAGGAGGAAGGACUGUUCACCAAUCACGAAGACACCAGAGGCAGAAACAAAAAUCCAUCAUUCAGGGAUGAACAUGGUACAAUCCGUCUGAGAGGAGCCCUAUUACGCACAUAUGUGUUCAAUAUCAUCUUUAAGACUAUAUUUGAGGUGGGCUUUGUGUUGGGACAGUACUUCCUGUACGGCUUCAAGCUGAAGCCUCUGUACAAGUGUGCCCGCUGGCCCUGCCCCAACACAGUGGACUGCUUCAUCUCCAGGCCCACGGAGAAGACCAUCUUCAUUGUCUUCAUGCUGGUGGUGGCCUGUGUGUCUCUGCUGCUCAACCUGCUGGAAAUCUAUCACCUGGGCUGGAAGAAGCUGAAGCAGGGGAUGACCAGUGCCUUGGCUUCAGAUCAGGAGUCCACACAGACUCACAGUGUUGGGGUGGAGGUCUCCAGAACUCCCCUUCAAAACCUAAACUUUCCCCCAAACUACGCAGCAGUGACAACCAACAGUGCGAGCUUCCUGCCUGCCCUAGUGGAGCAGCCACCCCCAUCCACACACUUCUACAUCAGCAACAACAACAACCACACUUUGGCCACUCAGCAGAACUGGGUCAAUCUGGCCACGGAGCAGCAGACCAGGGACCUGCAGAGCCACUGGCUCCCCUCCUCCUGCAGUGUGGGGGUCCCUCCUCCUGGGGGCGUAGUGAGGCCAGAAGACAGGAGCACAGAUGAACGCUGCCUGAGUCAGGCCAGCGGGGGCAGCAGUGGGAGAGCACGUCCAGACGACCUGGCUGUCUGAAUGCUCUCCCCGCAGGCCAGG